CAUGAACGAGACGGAGGGCGGAUAAGCGAGGGAUUUAAACCAAAAUUCAUGGUUUAGUGGCUUUAUUUCAGAUAAAAUGGCAGAGCCCAAACUGGAGCCCAUUGUGAAGCGCAUCCGCCACCUGAGUUCCCUUGUGAGCACUUCGGGCCUGGAUGGCGGCAAGGGCUCGGGGUUUGUCACGCCGCAGCUAGUUGGGCAUGAGGGCUUGCUGGAUGCUCUCUUUGUCCUCUAUGAUGAGUGCAAUAAUGAUCAAAUGAAGAAAGAUGCAAACGUGUGUGCGUUCAUUGACAAGUAUAGGAGCACCGUACAUGACUUACGUAAAUUACGUGUGAAUUUGAAUGACUUUGAGCAGAAGAAAGUGAUUGGAAAAGGCCAUUUCGGUGUUGUUCAAGUAGUCAGAGAAAAAGCAACAGGAAAUGUUUUUGCUCUCAAAAGCCUUCGCAAAUCAGACACCUUAUCACAACAACAUGUUGCUUUUUAUGAGGAAGAGAGGGAUAUCAUGGCAAAGGCUACCUCAACCUGGAUCACAAAAUUACAGUAUGCAUUCCAGGAUGACCAGCAACUUUACUUGGUGAUGGAAUUCCACCCUGGUGGAGAUUUGCUGUCUCUGCUGGAUCGGUAUGAUGGCACCUUCUCGGAGGACAUGGCACGCUUUUAUCUGGCAGAAAUCACCCUGGCUAUACAUGACUUACACUCUAUGGGUUAUGUGCACAGAGAUAUAAAGCCUGACAACAUACUAAUAGACAGAUGUGGUCAUGUCAAGUUAGCUGACUUUGGCUCUGCAGCAAAACUCACAUCAUCAGGUGUUGUCAGAAGUAAAAUGCCUGUUGGAACUCCUGACUACAUAGCUCCAGAGGUCCUGCAAUCUCUUAAUGAGAAAGCUUCCAGUGUCUCUUAUGGGGUGGAAUGUGAUUUGUGGUCCCUUGGAAUAAUGGCUUAUGAAAUGUGCUUUGGUGAUACCCCCUUCAAGGGGGAAAAAGUGGUCGAUACCUAUAGUAACAUCAUGAACCAUAAGAAAAAACUCAAAUUUGAUGAUGAAGAAAAUGUAGUCAGUGAGGCGGCGAAGGACCUUAUCCGUGGCUUGCUUGAAGAGGCUAGCCAUCGCUUGAAUCACUCAGCAAUCGUUCAGCACAAAUUUUUCCUUUUGGUGAACUGGAAUGAUCUGCAAAACUGUGCCCCACCAUUCGUCCCAAUUGUGAACAGUGUAGAUGACACAAGUAACUUCGAGGAAUUUGAGAAUGAGAGGAGGCUGCCCAGUGUUGAUGCUUUCCGUACCCGACAGGGCUUCUCAGGCCGGAACUUGCCGUUUGUGGGUUUCACUUACAAUAGGGGCAAGACCAAUGUGGAGGGGCCCAAUCCUACUCCUGGGGUUAGAACAAAUUCCAUUGGUUCAUCCAUUGUCAAUGUCUCCUUCCUUGAUGAAACCUUCAGGGACUCUUCACAGCGGGAUGACCAAAUAAAGUCCCUGAAAAAGGAAAAUCAUGAACUUAAACUGGAGCUUGAGCAACUGAAGGACAAGGAACAUGGCAGGGAGGUCCAAGCUAGAGACAGGAAACUGAAGGAGGCCGAGUGCAGGAUUGAAUAUUUGGAGAAGGAGCGUCAGCGCUUGGAGGAGGAUAACGUUCGCAAUGAGAGAGCUGCGGCAACGUAUAAAAGAGACCUUGCUUUAGAGAGGUCUAACCGAGUACAGACUGAGACACAGACCAUUGAACUUGUCAGAGGAAUGAAGAACAAGUGGAAGCAGGAGGAAGCCAAGAAGAUAGAGGCUUUAUCUAGCAAGAUUUCUGCGUAUGAGGAAGAAAUUGCAUUCCAACAGUCACAACACAAGGAAGUAGUGAAUGCUCUUGCUGAGAGGGAGAAGGAGUUCAAAGUAUUUGCAGCUGAGACUCAGAGGUUGAAGAAGCAACUCCAUGCAAAGGAGAAGAUGGAAAUUUCCUUCCAAAAGGAGAAGGCCGAGAUGGUGUGCCAUGGAGACUGUUCACCAGCUCAAGAGGCAAAGCAGAAGCUUGAGGAACUCCUCCAAAAGCUGGAGAAGGAGAAGGAAAAGAGAGAGAAGAUCACCACAAAACUGGAGGAAGCAGCAUCGCUGAGGAAUGAACUGGAGAAGGAGCUCCACCAGAAAGCUCACGUGGAGGAUGAGAGCAAGCUGAUGGAGAACCAGAUGGAGGAACUGAGCCAGAAGCUAGCUGAGACUGAGAGGGCCCUGGAGGCAGCUGAGGACAGGAUGAAGCACUUUGAGCAGCAGAAUCAUGCUGCAAAGAAGCAGCGUAUUGAAGAACUGGAAGGCCAACUUACCCAAGAAAGAAAGGAAUGUUCAAUUCUGCGGAACCAGCUGCAGGAAUUAACAGGCCGUUUGAAUGAAUCACGUGCUAGUUACGAGAGCUUGGAUUCUACUCGCAGCCUGAGGGAAGAGGAGCAGGAGGCAAAGAUUAAGGAAUUGGAACAAGAGCUGAAACUAGCAACUUCAGGCAAAUUAGAUCUCCAGAACCAACUAGCAGUUGUAAGGGCAAGGGAAGGAGAGCAUAAGAGCAAGAUAUCAGAACUUGAAUUGCUGCUCUCCAAGCUUGACGAUACUGUACGCAGCCUGGAAAAUAAAAAGUCCUCCACAGAAGCAUGUGCAGAGACAUUCCAGGCUAAAUUGCAGCUCCUUGAGGCUCAGCUGGAGUCUGCCAAGGCUGCUAGUGAGCAGGACAAGGAGAAGGCCAAGAAGUUGUCUGAAGAUUUAAGAGUGGCUAAGGCUGAGCUGUCAGACUGCAAAUUGGACUUGCGUGUAGCCCAGAGAGAUGCCAAGUCUUCCCAAGACACUAUCUCGUACUUGAGGGAAAGAAGCCGGGAACAGCGGACGCAGCUUGAGGAGAAGGAGACUGCUGUACAGAAGGUCAAAGAACUGGAGGAAGAACUCCGAAAGAGCAUGGAGAAGCAGGAUGAGGAGAUCCAGAAGCAAGAGGCUCAGUUUGAGAAAGAGAGGGCAGCUCACAAGAAAGCAGUUGCUACCCUGGAAGAGAGGAUCAAGAAUCUCCAGGAGGCCAACAAAGGCACAGAAGAGAUGCAGAAGAAGCUGCGCGAUGCCUACCAGCAAGCAGAUGGUCUCAAGCUUGAAAAACGGGGACUGGAAACUCAGAUCAAGAUGGUUGGAAUCUGCCGCAGAAAAAUCAACAAGAAGCGAACAUUGAGAAUGAACUGUUUUAACCACCCAGGGGAAGUAAAAUCUGACACCUUGUCAUCAAACAGGGACAAACUCCAGAAGGACAUUGAGAAAAUGCAAGCUGACCUGAGGACAGCACGAUCAGCUGUCAAUGAGGAGAAGUCCUUGAAGUUGUUCCAGGAGAGGAAGGUGAAGGACCUGGAGAGUCAGCUGAACUGUCGAGAUGAGGAGAGCGACCAGCAGGUGGCACGACUCAAUGAACAACUGCAAGAGUCUAACAAGUCCAACUUGGAAUUGCUUGAACAGAUUGAGAGUCUGGAGAAGGAACAAGAGGCGACUCUCCUGGUUCGCAACAUGGAGCGUGAGUUCACAUCUCUUCAAGGCCAGCGUGACUUGAUGCAACAGGAGAUUGAUGGUCACAUUCACCACAUCCACACCCUAAAGGAUUCCAACUUCAAGCUGACAGAAGCGCUGGAAACUGCAGUGUCCAAGGGAGAGGCAUUCAAGCAAAAGAUUGAAGAAGUAGAGCGAAUGCUAGCAGACCAGCAACUGAUGUUUGAGGAUGAGAAGAUCAAGAUGAAGAGCACCAUUGAGCAACAGACCAAGCUGAUUGACUUCUUGCAAGCUAAGACUGACAACUCUAAGAAGAAGAAGAACUUCAAGGAAAAGUUGUUUGGAGGGAAAGACAAAGAGAACACCGGUUUCAGCAUGCCGCACCAAUACAGAGAACUGGAGGACUUGUUGGCACGAGAGCGAAUGAAUGGCAAACAGAUCCAAGAGCAGCUGAUCAAAGCCAAGGCUGAGAUUGUUGCAUUGAGGGCUAAUGGUGGCACCCUGGACAACUAGAGUGUCAUGGGCACUCCUCGACCCCCAAGAACCCCCAUGGUGUCGCGCACCCCCCUUCAGACAAAGACUCCCCAAAACAAGAGGGCCCUAGAACACAUAGUGGACUCCCCCAAUGUGCAGGAGAGCAGCUCCAAGCAAAGGAUGCGACAUAACAUCCCCCAUAGGUGGCAGUCUGGCCUUCAGAUGAGAGCAAUCCGGUGUGCAGGUUGCCUGGACAGCAUUCCCUUUGCAAGAAAUGCUUCCAAGUGUCAGGAGUGUGGAAUUAUUGCACAUAACAAGUGUUGUAUGGAACUGCCAUCAACGUGUGGCCUGCCUGUCCAAUUUGCAGAACAUUAUGCAAGAGGUUGGAGUUCUGAUUCUCCAGUUAAGGCCCAAGGAUCUCAUUCUUCUCAGAAGUGUGUGACAGGGUGGUUGAAGAUGCCAAAGUCUGGCAAAGCCUGCUGGGAGAGCCGUUUUGUUAGCCUGGAGCAAGAGGAGAUCCUGAUGUAUGACCAUGAGCCCAGUGCUGGCAUGCAGCCUCGCUCUAAGAUUGGCCUAUCGCGCCCUGGCUGUAUUACCACUGUUAUGUCAGCUGUGCCAAGGUCUGAGCUACCCAAUACUAGCAGUGUGGAUCUCCCCUAUGUCCUUAAGAUUGAAAUUCGUGCAAAGACUGCUUCUGGACACUCUGAUACUCUGUAUUUCAUGACCACUAAUUUCGAAGAAAAGCAGUCAUGGGUAUCUGCCUUAGAGGGAGUUUUGGCACAAUUUAACGACAGUACAACCUGUGCUUAUAUCUUUAGCCCAGAUGAGAGGAUGAACAAGAGUGAGGUGGAGGACAGCAGUUUGACAGCAUGCAUCCAGGAGAACACAUUGUUAUCAUUGGAUGGCCCUAGUCCUCUCGAUAUCAACAUUAUCGUUUACCUGAACAAAACUACUGCACUGGUUGGAGCAACAGAAGGCCUUUACUCCUUUGAGUUGGAUCAGUCGGGGAAACUGCGGUCUCGUGCACGCAUAGAAGGCCUUAGAUACACCCUCAAUCUUGAUGUUAGAGAACAGAUGUUGAUGGCCAUUUCCUGAUGUUUUACAGGCAAAGACAACCUAGUGUACAUGAAUGACAUGCGGACAGUGGUUGCCGCAGCAGAAGCAGCCCAGCUCUCUAAGCCGAGUUUAAGCAUGCAACGAGUGGAACCACUUCAGGGUUGCCAUCUAUUGGCCUCAGGUUGCACUACAGCAAAACAGACUUUCAUGUGUGCUGCCGCUUCAGACAGAAUUAGCAUCUUGGUGUGGAAUGAACUGAAGAACGAGUUUAAUGUCUGCCGUCAGUACAGCACUCAAGAACCCUGCAGUUGCUUACACUUCACCAAAGCCUCUCUUAUCGUUGGUGCCGAGAAGUUUUAUGAGAUAGACCUCAAAACAUUUGAUAUUGAAGAAUUUUUGGAUGAGUCAGACACAUCUCUUGCUUAUGCCAUAUAUGGUUCAACCCAGAUGUCUUCCUAUCCAGUUGCCAUUCUGCAGGUCUCAAAGCCAGGAAAGUAUGAGGAAUACCUGUUGUGCUUCUACGAGUUUGCAGUGUUUGUAGAUCCUUGUGGACAGAGGUCUAGAGAGCAUGAUAUCAAAUUCACUCGCUUACCCAUUGCCAUUGUCUUCCGCAAUCCCUACCUGUACAUCAUACACCAGAAUGCAGUAGAGGUUAUUGAGAUCCGGCCAGACUCAUUCACCAAGGUGACUGGUGUUGACACAGACACAGACAGUGAUAUAGGCCCACCCAUCAGGAUGGUUACGAAGAACAUGGCCAGACCAUCCUAUCUUGGCCCUGCGCUGAAUGCCGAAAGCAUCACCAUUGCCUCCAGGAGUUCCGAGAAGCUGCAGGUCGUGCAGAUCACAGCCAGCUUCCCAGAAGACCUUGACAUGUCCUCCACUUGGGGGACACUGCCAUCGUUUUCCAUGCAGAAGGACGAAGCAGACACAGUAUCAGUGAACUCGGUUAGCAGCAGGGGCAGUGUGACCAGCUCGGACAGCGACUUUGGCCACUCCAACAAGCGUGUGCAGUUUAUAAAUGCUUCCCAAACCCCCAGCAGUAAAAGAUCAAAGACUGGAUUAUAAGGACUAGAUUUAAACUGAUUUAUUUCCUUGAAUUCUUGCCUGUCUAUGCCACUACGAUUAUUUUUAAAACAUUAGCGUCUUAUGGUUCAUGAAUGGGUGUACUAAGAAUGCCUUCCAGUUGUUGAAUGGGUGUUUUGGCUUUGCUUUAAUUGUAAAGCUAAGUUUGAAUGUUAGUUUUGUUAACAUGUUUCAGUAUAUAUAUUUCUGUGUAAAUGAGUCUUCUUGUGAACCCCUUUACUCAUUUGAUGUAGAGCUGUCAUAGAAUUUAGACUCCCUGCCCUUCUUACAAUAGAUAUGCUCACAUAUAUUUAAGUAUGUAUAUAUUUAAACAUCUUGCUUUUUACCUGUCACUAAGCUAGUCAGGGUUAUGAACUGUGAAGCAUUUAUUAUUAUUAUUAUUAUUUUUUUUUUUGAACACUCAUCAUCCCAUGGAACAAAAGCAUACAUUUAUAUAGAAGGCAAAUGGAUUUUAUAACAUUUUAGAAACUGCCAAUUAAUCUAAAAGCAUUGGUACAUUUUAAAGGGAAACUGUAAAAGAAUGGUUUAAUCAUGUGAAUACUACAUUGAUUUAUGUUUCAUAUUAGUGAUUUAUUUUGUAUUAUGUUAAAUCUGUUGUACUGGAACCAUAUAAUUGUUCUUUUGAUGUUGAUUAUUAGCAGACAGCUAACUUUUAACUAGAAGAUGUUACUUUUGCUUAUGUAAUUAAUUUUUUGUGUGGGUGAGAGAUUUUUAACAUCAAUAUUGUAAUUACAUAAAUUUAUGUGAUGGUGAAAAAAAAACGGUGCUAUUAUUUACACUACUGUAACAAGUGAUAUUUCCUUCAAAUAUUUUUUUUCAAUGUAUAGGCAUAACCCUACUAGAUUUCCCUAACUUUAGUGCAAUUUAUUGCCUAACUGUGUAUAUUUACAUCUUAUUUUAUCUUUUAACUUCUGUAUCUUUACUUUCUUGUCAUAUAUCAACAGAUAAUACAAAAACUAUAUUUGUAUAUCUUAAAACAUGUAUAUGUAAUUGUUUGGAAUACAUUUUAUGAAUGACA